CAGCCGCUCCUCGCAUCGCCUCCCGUGCGCCGCUCAGUUGAUCCAUCGCCUGUUCUUCCUAGCUCUGCGCCACGCCCCUGCGACACACGCACUGAUAAAGCAAGAGAAUCACCCGCGCGCAUCCCUCGGAGAGAGCGAUGAAGUGGGCGCAGGCGGCAUUUCUGCUGGUUGCGCUGCUCGCGGCGGCGGAGGGGAGGAGGGAGAAGGCGUGCGACACUGGGUGGCAGUGCAGCGGCAGCGGGUUCUGCUGCAACGUGACCAUCAUCGACUAUUUCAAGGCCCACCACUUCGAGGAGUUCUUCCCCAGGCGCAACGACUCCAUCGCCCACGCCGGCGGCUUCUGGAGCUACCAGGCCUUCAUCGCCGCCGCCGCCCAAUUUGAGCCCCGCGGGUUCGGCACCACCGGCGGCGAGGAGACAGGCAUCAAGGAGGUCGCCGCAUUCCUCGGACACGUCGGUGCCAGGACCUCAUGUGGAAAAUUUUAUCCAAAUCCACUGGCCUGGGGGCUUUGCUACAACCGUGAAAUGAGCCCAGAGCAGAUGUUAGCUCAUGAGAAUGCUUCUUACAUCCCAUUGGAGCAGACUUCACAUGCGCAUCUACGAAUUUUAUAUCUAUCACCAAGCAGAACACGGAGGGGGCUGAAGUCAUAUUCCGGUGUUGUCAUGGCAAUCUUCACAUUGGGGGAGUUUGUUUCAAGCGCGCCAAUUCCAACUUCCAAUCGAUCGACAUCUUUGAUAUCAUUGGAGAGGGCCGAUGCGUCAGCAUCAAAGGCAUCGUUCAUAAUAUUAAUCGAACGUGGGAGCCCCUCCGUGCGACGCAGCAAACGAGCUACCCCUCUAUGUUGUGCAGUUUUGCUACAUACAUUGCGCAGUUUUGCUACCGUAGCACAAUUUUUGCUAUACCAUGUAUCUAUCAGUGUCUUCAAUAAGAUCGUUUUUGUUGUAAUAGCACAAUUUUUUUGAUACAAUGUCUCCGGCAUUGU